CUGGAGCAUUUUACGGGGCUUUAAUAUUGAAAAGUCACUGACAAAAGACUCAUGGGGUGGAGAAUAAUGAAUGUGGAUUUGACUCAACAGUAGUCUCUCCACUCAUCAGGGUCGAAUAACCUGUGUUCGGGCGCAGGGAAAAGCGUGACACUGUCUCAUACAGCGAUCAAAUUUCAGAUUGCGUCAUUCCCAGAGGAGCUUAAUUAGCUACAAUAAUGACAAUCGUAUUGCCCUUAAGGAACGACUACGAUGCACAGAUCUUCCAAUGAAAUCUGUUGACAAUUUUUGAUUUUCUGAAGUGGAGAAUUUGCAGCAAUUUUUUAAUGUUCAUAAUUAUUGAAGUUGUUCACUCAAAUUUAUUGUCAACAUGAUCGUGUUCUAGAACACUCUAAUUAACAUAUUCACGAAUAGACAAAUAAACAAAACAAAAUGGAAGAAUAUGCGAGAGAGCCCUGUCCCUGGCGCAUAGUCGAUGACUGCGGAGGUGCCUUCACAAUGGGAGCUAUCGGAGGUGGGGUAUUUCAAAGUAUAAAAGGAUUUCGAAAUGCCCCCAGUGGUAUCAACAAACGUCUUUUGGGUUCCCUCAUGGCCAUAAAACAACGCUCCCCCAUAAUUGCUGGUAACUUCGCCAUUUGGGGUGGCAUGUUCUCGACAAUAGACUGCACACUGGUUCACUUCAGACAAAAAGAAGAUCCUUGGAAUUCAAUCAUAAGUGGAGCUGCCACUGGUGGAAUUCUUGCUGCCAGGAAUGGAGUACCUGCUAUGGCGGGUAGUGCUGUCAUCGGGGGAAUGCUCCUGGCCCUCAUCGAGGGCAUUGGCAUUCUAUUCACGAGGUUAUCAGCUGAACAGUUUAAACCACCGACGCUCGAUGUUAACGAUCCUUCGCAACUAGGACCACCUCCACAGGGCUAUUCUUCGUAAUGAUGAAGGGAAAUUUUUUUUUGAGUUUAUCACAGUGGAAUAUCUGAAUGUCGUCCUUGUUUCUUUCGAAUACAUUUUUUGAACAGGCAUAGACGUCCGAAUAAAAUUAAAAUUUGGUUAAAUUUUCAGUGUGCAUGAAGAACGUCCUUCAGUGUUUGAAAAAUAUGAAUAAAAAUUUUACGGCCAUUGAGAUGUUAUUACUUGCUGUGAUGGACUCAAUACGGUAACUACUAGAGUUUAAUCCAAUUUUAGAUCAUUUUGAUGUUCCGUCUGAGCCUCAAUAAAAAUCCUCAUUCGAUUUAUAGGUAGUGUUACGUUCGUUGUACAGUUAAGGACCAAAAUAAUAAUUGUAAUGUAUAAGGAUGAAA